GAUCACAUGUGUGUCAGUGGGAAGGCUAACCAUGGAUCUAGUCUUGGUCUUAGUGCUCAUUCUGACAUGUCUGCUUCUCCUCUCACACUGGAAAUGGAGUUCUAAGAGAGGGAAGCUACCUCCUGGACCUACUCCUCUGCCAAUUAUUGGCAAUAUCCACCAGAUAAAUGUAAAAAAUGUUCACCAAUCCUUUACCAAUUUCUCUAAAAUCUAUGGCCCUGUGUUCACUUUAUAUUUGGGCAUGAAACCCACUGUGGUAUUGUACGGCUAUGAGGCAAUAAAAGAAGCUCUCAUAGGUCAUGGGGAGGAAUUUAAUGGAAGAGCAAGAAUCCCAAUUUUUGAUAUGGUUUUAAAAGGCGGUGUUGCUUUUAGCAAUGGAAAGGCAUGGAAAGAAACAAGGCACUUCUCAUUCACAACCCUGAGGAAACUGGGCAUGGGGCAAAGGAGUAUUGAGAACCAUAUUCAAGAGGAAGCACGGUUCCUUGUAGAGGAACUCAAGAAAACCAAUGGUUCACCCUAUGAUCCUACCUUCAUCUUGGCCUGUGUUCCCUGCAAUGUCGUCUGUUCCAUUAUUUUCCAAAAUCGUUUUGAAUAUAAAGAUCAGGAUUUUGUUAGCUUGUUGGAAAAACUGAAUGAGAACGCUAAGAUUCUGAGCACUCUCUGGGUGCAGGUUUGCAAUAUUUUCCAUGUUCUGAUUGAUUAUUGUCCAGGAAAUCAUAACACAUUGUAUAAAAAUUUUACUUGUCUUCAGAAUUACCUUUUGACAAAAAUAAAAGAACACGAGAAAUCAUUGGAUGUUACCAACCCACGGGACUUUAUUGAUUAUUUUCUAAUUAAAGAAAUGCAGGAAAAUCGCAAUCCACAAUCAAUAUAUACACGUGAAAACCUGAUAGGAAUGUUGACUGAUAUGUUUGUUGGUGGGACAGAAACAAUAAAGGCAAACUGAGAUAUGCUCUCCUGCUCCUACUGAAGCACCCACAUGUCACAGGAUCCUUCACCAUCAUGGAAAUAUAAACCAUAAGUAUUUUGAGAUUCCAUCUAUACCUGUUAGAAUGUCUGAUCAAUAGCACAAAUGACAGCUCAUGUUGGCAAGAAUGUGGAGCAAGCUGGAUGCUCCAACAUUGCUGGUGGGAGUACAAACUUUUAAAUCCUCUAUAGAAAUUAAUAUCCAUGUUGCUGUGAAUAUUGUUAAUCAAUCUACCUCAAGAAACAAAUUUGCCUCUGAUGGGCAUAUACUCAAAAAGAUGAUCCACCCUACCAAAACCACACUUGUACAACAAUGUUCAUAGAAGUUGUGUUUAUAAGAUCCAUGAACAGGAAAAAAUAAAGAUUGCCCCUAAAAAUUGUCUCUAAAUAUUAUAUCAUGAAAUUUGCAAGCAAAUAGAUGCAACGAGAAAAAAAAAAUCAUUCCAAGUAAGGUAACCCAGGCUCAGAAAAGACAAACAUGAUAUCUACACACUUAUAAAUUGAUAUUAAUUAAUGGAUAACUGUUAAUACACAGAUCCAGAGAAGCAAAGUCAAGGGAAAUACAUGGAUCAGCCUGGGAAGAGAGGUAGAUUUGGUGGGUACAGAACACCAUUGGGAAUAGGAAAAGGACGGAUCAUGUACAUGAGGGUGAUGGAAGGAGAGUAUAUGGGGCAAGAUGGCUGAAAUUUGCCAGCUUUGGGGGUUCAUUGUGGAAACCUAGUACAGGGGAAAAUCCCUAGAAUCUAUAAGUAUAUUCUUAGGACCCCUAAUAAUAGGGGCUAAGGAGCCUAAACCAUUCAUCUUCUGUUAGCAGUCAGAGCUUCCAGUGAGGGACUAGAAUACUAGCUGGGCCACAAAACCUUUGACCAACAAUUUGUCCUACCUACAAGAUGUUAUGGGGUAAUGAUAACUCUGAACUUGUGGGAGUGGCCAACCAAUGACUUGUCUAAUUGAGGCCCAUGUCAGGAGAGGAGACCCAAGUCAAAUGCUGCCUGGAUGGAUGCACAGGAAACAAGAGUUAAAUGACCCAGAGACCUAGGGUAGAAUGAAAGAGAAUUGACAAAAAAAUAAAAAAUAAGAGAUGAUUUUUAAUGAUAUUCUGCUACAUAGAUAGAUCAGUUGUCAGAGAGGCUACUUCUAGCAGUUAAUGUGAACAGAUGCAGACGGACAGUGAAACAUGAGGCAGAGUUUUGUAAAUCUUGUGGAAGAGGAGGAGGGAGGAUGGUAGGAUUCAGAGGAGUCAUGGAAGCCAGGAGAACACAGCCCACAGAAUUAGCUCAGGAGGGCUGAUAGGGGCACACAGAGACUGAAGCAGCCAUCAUGGUGCCUACAUGGGCCUGCAAUAUAUUCUAUGAAAGUAUAGAUUGGUUGUUUAUCUUGGGUUUCUAGUGGAGCUCCAAACACUGGCAGUGCAGUUAUCUUUGGCACAUUUUCUUGUUUGUGGUACACUUUUCCUCCUAUUAUGUUUCAUCUUCCUGCUUUGAUAUGGGGAUUUUUGCAUAGCAGUAUUGCAUCUUGUUAUCCCUUGCUCAGUUGACAUUUCUGUGAGGCCUGCCUUUUCUGAAGGGAAACAGAGCAGCAGUGGAUCUGAAAAAGAGAGUAGACUGUGGGACUAAGGGGAUUGGAAGGAGAUGAGGAUGCAGAAUAUGAAAGAAGAAUAAAUUUAAAAAGAAAAUUAUAUUGCUUCCUUUCGUGUUCCAUUAGUUCUGUUCCCUUGGAAAACAGCAUCCAUUCUGCUUGUAUAUGUGUGUUUAUACAAUAGACAAUACAUGUGAGAAGAGACCAUUCCUUUGUUCACCUGUAGGAAUGCAUCUAUAUCUGAAUUCUGUCCAUGAGAAAAACCAGUUGAUGUUUGUGUGUCUAGACUUUGUGUUCCAUCAUGAAUGAGUUCCUGUAUUAUUACAUACAGUACAGCUCUCCACAUGAUAUCAUGACCCAUGUGACUUAUAUAAAGCAACUGAUAAACUAGAGAAACAGGUGUUGAAACACCCAUGGCCAAGUGUGCAGGGAAAGGGAACAGACUCAGAAGGAUUACUAUCAAAACCUAAGUGCUGACUUCAAAUUCAGUAGGGCCACAUUAGCCAUAUCACUGUGGCUUGUCUCAGACUCCACCCUGUUCCCUUCAUAUUCUGUCUGUCGAAAUGUCCCCGAUCUUCUUUGUACCUACUUUAUGGAGCCAUGAUAUCUUUGUAACUUGGUGUCUUUGUGUGAGUUGUUUGCAGGGAACGACCAUAAUAACAUCACUAUCAUCAGUGUUGUAUGACAGUAACGAAUUCCCCAAUCCAGAGACGUUUGAUCCUGCUCAUUUUCUGGAUGCAAAAGGAAA